AUGCCUUCUAAAUCCUCAAAGUCUUCCAGCUCCGGCUGCCGCUGUCGCUGCUUCUCCCUGAAGAGCCUCAGCUACCUGGCUAUCUUCCUGGCCCUAUUCUCCGCCGUCUACCGAUUUCUUGAUGCGCGCCUCGAGCAAUUCUAUAUCUUCGACCCGGUGCACCUACACGAUGUAUCUCAGCGCGCUAUCAGCGCCCACGGCGAAGACACCCGCUCUGUCGUCAACUUUAUCGUCGCUGAGCUGGAGCAAAAAGUCGGCCCCAACUACCUAAGCACCCAGGAGGAGUGGGUUUUCAACAACGCCGGCGGCGCCAUGGGCGCUAUGUACGUGAUUCAUGCUAGUAUCACAGAGUACUUAAUCAUCUUCGGCACCGCUAUCGGAACCGAAGGCCACACCGGCCGCCACACCGCCGACGACUACUUCCACAUCCUCCAGGGCACCCAGCUCGCCUACUCCCCCGGAGAGUUCAAGCCGGAGGUCUACCCGGCCGGCAGCGUGCACCACCUAGUCCGCGGCGAGGUCAAGCAGUACAAGAUGGAUGAGUCUUGCUUCGCGCUCGAGUACGCCCGUGGCUGGAUUCCCCCCAUGCUCUUCUUCGGUUACGCCGAUACUUUCUCCAGCACCCUGGACUUCCCGACGUUAUGGGCUACCACGCGCAUCACGGCCCGAGAGAUGGUUGGCAACUUGUUACAGUUGAAGCUAUAA